CAUGAGUUGAGCACAGUGACUGGGUUGUGUGGGUUUCUCAGGCAGUGAGAUAUUUACACAGCGAGAAAGGGGCAGGCACUGAGGAUUAUUCUGCUAGCACAGCGAAGGGGGCAGCAGUAUACGUUCCCUGCCAGUGAGUGGGCUGCUCCGUCUGGCCGCCCGUGCGCCUGCGCACUCCCCGCAUUCCAGCAUGGCGCUGCAGCCCGGUAGUGGGGAAUCUGCGCACUGAAAUCGCAGCGGCCCCAGGGGACACGGAGAAGCAGGAAGCGGACACCGGGCGACACCAUCUCACCCCCGACAUCAUCCUCCCCUGAACCUUGGCACCUUCUCUGGCCGCGCCCAGGUGGUGGAUGUGAAUAUCUGUCGAUGAAUGAUCAUUUCAGCCAUGAUGGCCGACCAGCCUCCUCCAUUGGAAGCCACGUCUUUAAUGAAUGAAGUGUCCCUCGUUCCUCACAUGGUAAAUGGCGAUAGCACCCAACAGCCUCUGUAUUUGCAGGUGAUUGUGGUGCAGGUGAAUCCUGGAGAAACCUUUACAAUCCGCACAGAAGAUGGGCACUUUCAGUGUAUCCCAGGCCCAGCACAUGUUCCCAUGAUGUCACCAAACGGUUCAAUGCCUCCCAUAUUUGUGCCACCUGGUUAUGUAUCUCAGGUUGUGGAAGAGAACGGUGUGCGCAAAGUGUUGGUUUUACCACAUUCGACAGAGUUCCAUCCAUCAAUGCACCCCCCACCUCCUCAUGUGACCCAUUUUAUGCACCAUCACCCUGCCCUGCUCCCUCACCCACCUCAUCCUGUGUACCCGCCCGUACCUGGCACAGGAGAGCUGCCACAUCAGUUUAUACACCAGCAUGCACCUCCCCCACCACAUAUAUUCCAAGAACAAGAACCCCGAUCCCACGGGAGGAUGAAUUUCCUACAGAGAGAUGAGAGAAGCAUGAAAAUGCAGGAGCAACUUCGCAAAAGGUUAAAAGACCGGCAGAUUAGUGCCCACAACAAUAACAAACUGCACAGCCCACCCGCCUCCCCUCACAAAGCACACAUCGCUGCCAACUCGCAUAUACAGAACGGAUAUUCCAAGGGCCAGCACCUAACUGGGGGACCCAUUAAACUGAAGCAGGCCAUUCGCACACAGAGCAGUCCGCCGGCAGAGAAUGAAUCCGGAGAUGGAGACGGAGAACCAAAAAUUCUGCAAGAUUUAAACCCCAGCAUGGGAAAGCCUGUUGUUUCAAGCUUGGCAGCAAGGUCGGCCGUGCUGUCGUGGAGCGUGCAAGUUGGCUCACAAAACCGAGAAAGCCCAGCCAACCUCUUACCAGGGACGUUCAUGCAUGAGGUGGCGGUGUCCAACAGUGGCAAGAACGGGAGGUUCAAACCUGCCUACUCAGGCGGUGCUACAACAUGCACACUGACCGACCUGCGACCAGCAACGGACUACCUUGCACGAGUUUCUGCUACAUGUCCGCCUUUAGAGGGAUCCAUUUCUGAAUUUGUGAGUUUUACUACGGAAAGCUGUGAGCCGGAUACACCAGCCCCACCGAAACUUACAAACCGUAGUCGAAAUUGUCUGAAUCUACAAUGGAAGGCAUCAAAUGACAAUGGUUCUAAAAUCAAUGGCUACCUUUUGGAAUGGGAUGAGGGGAAACAUGGACCGUUUAAAGAAUGCUGCUUUGGUCACCUUAAGCAAUACAAGUUAACAAAGCUGUCACCAUCUACAAAAUAUGCCUUUAGAAUAGCGGCCAAAAAUGACAUUGGAAUGAGCUGCUUCAGUGAAACGGUGGUCUACUACACUGCUGGGAGCGUGCCACCUGCACCAUCACCACCGAGGCUCAAGCAAGCUGGCAUCACCUGUCUCUGCUUAGAAUGGAGUCCACCUAGUGAUGUGGUCACAGAUGAGACACUAACUUAUGUCUUAGAAAUGGAGGAGGAAGGAUCGGGUUACGGAUUUAAACCUAAACAAAACAGUGAAGAUAUUGCAUGCACUUUAAGAAAUCUGAGACGAAAUACUUCUUACAAGUUUAGGGUCUUCGCAGUGAACAGUGAAGGCAGAAGUAGUCCCAGUGAUAUUGUAGAGUACACAACUUCCCCCGACAAACCUGGACCUCCAUGUAAGCCAAGUACAAAGGGAAAAAUCCAUGCGCACAGUGUACGAGUCACGUGGGAUGCCCCAAAGGACAAUGGUGGGUCUGAAAUUCUUAAGUAUUUCCUUGAAAUUACAGAAAUCUCGAAUGGGAGUAAAUGGGAUGUGGUGUACAGUGGCUCUUCUAAAGAACACGUCUGUGAUCGUCUCAUGCCUGGUACUUGCUAUAGGUUCAGAGUGUAUUGUUCCAACGUUGUGGGCUCUAGUCCGGUUUCUGAUGUAUUAACAGUCCAGACAGCCAUUAUCCCCCCAGGUCCAUGCCAGCCCCCUCGUCUUGCUGGCAGAGCCAAACCCAAGGAAUUAAGUUUAUUGUGGGAUCCUCCGUGUGUGGAUGGUGGCUCAGCAGUAACAUGUUACACUGUAGAGAUGGCAAAAUCUGAACAGGAAGAUCGGGGUUCAGUGUACCAAGGCCCUGAUGUAGAAUGCACAGUGGGCAACCUGCUGCCCGGGCAGACCUAUUGCUUCUGGAUAAAAGCUACAAACAAAGCUGGGUGUGGGCCCUAUUCAGAGGCAUCAGAGUUCUGCACAGCCCCUGGUGUUCCGGAGCGAUGCAAAGUGCCAUUAGUAAUCUGUAAGAGUGCAAACUGUGUGCUAGCAAGCUGGGAGGUACCUGGUUGUAAUGGAGCGGAGAUUACAGAGUACCGGUUAGAGUGGGGCCGGAUGGAAGGGUGUAUGCAAGUCAUUUAUAGUGGUUCUUCUUCAAGCUAUGAAAUCAAGGGACUUACACCAGCAACCACAUAUUACUGCCGAGUUCAGGCUGUUAACAUGGCUGGGAUUGGGCUGUUUGGAGACACUGCAGUCAUUACAACGCCGGCGUCUGUUCCUGCUGCUGUAUCUUUGCUACAGAUUGUUGAUGAGGAGCUCCUGGACACUCCUUUACUCUCACCGUCAGAGUGCCUUGCUCUCCAGUGGAUGGAGCCAUGCUGUAAUGGGUCAGAGAUCACUGGAUACACCAUAGAGUAUGGAGAGAAGCAUCAAAUAACAGUGGAUUGUGUCACAAGUUGUGUCCUCACCAAUCUGGUCCCUGACCGCACUUACAGGAUACGAAUUCAGGCGAUAAACAGCUUAGGAACAGGUCCUUUCAGCCCAUCUAUUAAAGCCAAAACAAAACCACCACCUCCCAAUCCUCCCCAUCUGGAAUGUGUGGUUUUCAGUCACCAGAGCCUUAAGCUGAAGUGGGGGGACGGAUCCAGCAAAGCGCUGGCCACAGAAACAUCACUGUACAAUCUGCAAAUGGAGGAUAAGCUCAGCAGGUUUUUUACAAUCUACAAUGGGCCGUGCCAUACAUACAAGGUACAAAGGCUGAAUGAAUCGACUACGUACAACUUCAGAAUCCAGGCAUAUAAUGAAGCAGGGGAAGGUCUGUUUUCCGAAGUUUACAGUUUUGCUACAACCAAAUCUCUGCCUGCGGCAUUAAAAGCACCCAAAGUGCAACAGAUUGAUAACAACUUGUGUGAAGUAUCUUGGGAGCCUCUUCAGCCGAUGAGGGGAGAUGCAAUUGUUUACAUCCUUCAACUUACCAAUGGGAAAGAGGUCGAUCAGGUAUACAAAGGAACGGACACCUCAUUUACUUUUGCAAACUUUCAAACAAACUGUGAAUACCGGUUUAGAGUUUGUGCCGGGCGGCAGUACCAAGAUGCCAAUGGAUUGCAGGAGUUGUUUGGCCCUUACAGCCCCAACACCACAUUCUCAUCUCAACGACAGGAGUUGGACGUGCCAUGUGCAAAUGCGACACUGGAGGCUACAAAAAGCAAGAGGAAGCCUCUCAGCGACGAGCAGUUUGCCAUUCUGCUCCUUAUGAUAUUUGCCAUUGUAGCAUUUCUUUUCGCCGUUGUCAUCCAAUACUUUGUAAUUAAGUAGAUUUUAAGCGCCGUUCCCAAGGUUAUCCUUACAGUUUUUUUUUUUUUUUGGUUUUUUUUUCAAUAUUUAUGUUUAAUUAUUCUAAUUAAAUUUAUAGAUGGAAAUGAUUGUAUUAUAUAUAAGUGCAUUUCCAUUCUUGCUGCUCAUUCAUCAAGAGGCUGGAUUAGUAGAAUCCUCCUGUAUAUGGAACAUAAAACAUCAUGAAUCUCUUAGAAAGGGAAUUUAAAUCCUGUUAUUCUAGGGCCGUGGUGUUAAAUGCCUUAAUACACUCAAAGGUCAAGAUGGUGCUGUUCGUUUAUGUAAUGGACCGUUUGCUUUAAAAGCAUGUCCCUUUUUAAAUGUUCAGCUUUGUAUGUGGUAGCUCACAAAAGCAUUGUUUGUUACACAAGUGUAUGUGUCUGUUUUCACAAUGUCCUGUGGUCUUAAUGGAGAAGAGUAGUGAAAUCACAAAUUGCACCUGCGGAAAAUAAGACUUGGUAACAUUCACAAAUAUGCUUUGAAGAAUUUGGUUAAUUUUUAAAAGCCUUUUCCUAUUGGGUUAUAACAGUCACCAGGUCACAUGUUGUAGUCUUGUCUUGUAGGAAUUGUAUUUUUCUUCCCAGCAGGAAGAGCUGCACAUGAUGCAAGUACUUUACUUCUGUUAGCUGGGUCCCAAAAAAAACCUGAGGCACACAGCAAACCGACAUGGAAGGGCUUUGUGUUACAGUCUCUUAAUUUGGACAUGCCUGUUCGAAAUGUCCCUUGUAAGAUUGUUUCAGGCUAGCAUUAUUUCAAUGUUAAUUUUAAAACUUUUCAUUUCAGUUGAGAUUGCUGUCUGGGUUGCUUAACAGACAGCGGAAACAACUUCCAUUAACCUUUGACCUUUUUUUUUUUUUUUUUUUAAAGGGCAUCAAUGAUGAACAAGUAUUGCUCAUUCCUUUAUAAAUUAUGUUUUCAACAAAAAUUUAAGUAAAAUAAAUUGCCCAUGAGUCCAGUUUGCUUAUUCCGUGAACUAAAAAAUUGUUAUGGUGGGUAGAAGCUCUUAAGUCCGUGAAUAUUGUACUUUUGUUGUUCAUGUGAUGAGGCAAUUUCCCUGAACAUGAUGUGUUUAUAACUCCCAUUGGAUCUUUUAUAUAUGUGCAAGAUGCGAAAAGAGUCUGGUGUAAUGGCUCAUUGUGUUGGGGGAAAAAAGGGAAUUAAAACAUUUUUUGUGAGUACGGUAUUGCCAAAUCAUGUUUCAUAUGGGGGCAAAUUUAAAUGUACGGCUUCUAUUAGUGAAAGUUCUAGAAAUUUGGGAGGAAUCUUUUGAGAUCAUUGCGAAGCACUGUGUUUAUUUCAUUGAAAUAAUGAUGUGAUUUACUUUGGAAAGUGAUUAAGAUAUGUCUCUAAAUAUGGCGGAUAGCAGCUGGCUCUAAAUACAGCAGAUAUUUAGUGAAACUGGUACACUAGUUGGGUUAUGAUUGUGUUUAACAACUUCUGUAUCUCCUAGCAACCAGAUGUUUGCAUUCAUUUUGUAAAUUGUAUACUGAAUUUAUGAGUUAGAAUUGUAUUAGUUGCUAAGGGUUACAUCACCAAUUGUAGACCUACCUGUGCAGUAGUUUUCAUGCAUGCUCCCCAAAAUGUUACAAAAAACAUUUAUGCAAUUAUGUAGAAACUUUAUUUCGUACCUGUUAAACAUGCUUUGCAGCAAUACAUUCUACAGUCAUAUUGUGAUUAUUGAAUAGUCAUUAAAAUAUACACGCUUAAAUAUAAAUCUUCCCAAAUUCAACUUUAGUCUGGAUUACGGAAAAAAACAAAUUGGCAAAUAUUAACAGAUAAAUCUUUUCCAUGGAGAACCUCAAAUAUGUAAAUAUUAACAUAGAAAUCUACAGAUUUUUAAGCGUAUUUAAUGUAGUAAGAUGGCAUAGCCAAAGUGUUGCCCUGCAGCUUGAAAUUGAGUGCGGAACAUUUAUACAAAUCACAAAUGUGGAACAUAAUCUCCAUUAUGUCUAAAUUAUGUUCCUUAUACAAAUAGAGAUUAGUCUUUGCUUUUCUUACUGUGCAUUUGUUAUUACAAAUAGUUCUUAUUGUUAGAAGAAAAAACUAAGUACAUAUUUGUUUAUUUGUAUAGCGCUGUUCUAUUACCAUCUAUCAAAUGCAGACAAAUCCCACAAAGUUAAGCGAACAGUUGCGUAACAUUACAUUUUUAUUUGCCCAUCCUUGACAGAAAUUACGUCUGCCUCUAUAAAAACUUUUUUUUUUUUCCAGAAACUUUUUUAAAUGAAAACACUGUGAAAGCAUUUUCCGAGUUAACACUGUAAACAGUAUAUGAAAUCUAUGUUCUAGAAUAGGCAAUGAUUUGGCUCACUCUCUAUUCAUUAUUGGCUGUUAAGCAAAUGUGUAAGUUUAAAUGUACUGGUUGUAUUUUUUUUUUAAAUAGAUCUAUAGUACUGAAGCGUUUUAUAGAGGUAGUCCAAUGGGGUCUUUUUGAGAGGUAAAAUAAACAGGUUUUCUUUUUGGAUGUCUUGCUACCUUUGUACGUAGUAGGUCUAUCAUAUUCACAGAAAUUGAAAUUUGGACAAAAUACCAAGGGUGGAAUGCGGUGUGCUGGGAGUGCCUCCAGUAUAAAAGAGCGGUGGCAUUCCGUGGCCAGUACUUCCUUACAUGUUAUAGAGGUGAUCAGGAAAAUAAGCGAAUAUUGCCUUGGCUAAUAAAUGCUAAUGUGUACAGCUGGACAGUGCAGUGCUGUCCAGUGGCACAUUGUGCUGAAUUGAAUUCCCUAGCAACGAUGAUAAAUUGUGGCCUUUCAUAGAUUCACAUUUGAAUAUGGGUAGAUUUGACACCAAAAAGAAAUGAACUGUUAAUGAUAUUGCUACAUCCACAGGACGCACCAUCCUUUUACAAAUAUGUGCCUUGUAAAGAGUAUAAAUUGAAUACAGAAGACAUUGUGACUUUCCGUUUUAUUUCUGAAAUUGCGGAAUUAAAUUUCCAGCUGCUCAACAGGUCAGGGAUAUUGCCGAAGUUUCAAUUUGCACAAUCGCUAUACAGCAAACAAGUGAGAGAUUCUUCAAUUGAUUUAUAAAUUAUUUGACUGUAAAAGAGACGUUAGAGUAAGACGGCAUUCAUACGCUUUAAGCCGGUAUUAUACAGGUUGCAUAAUCAGUAGUGUCUAAAACAGCUGGAGCAAUAUCCGAUGAAUCGGUGCUCAUCUGGAUGCCUUUAGUCCCAAUUCUUUGCUGCAGGCAUUAGAUACUGUAAUCUCCAGGUAGCUGUGAACACGUUGGCAUUGCUCUGCCUGAUUAUAUGUGAUUUCCUUUAAUUAAAAUGUAUUAUUAAAAGCUGGAAAUUGAAACAAGUUUCUAAAUGGGGUUCGGUAUGGGAUCCCGGCAGUCAGGAUGCCGGCGUUCAGAAUACCGACAUCCCGACAGCCUGAAAUCCCGUCAGAGGCGCUGGAACAAAGUAACCCUAAUCCACAGCCUAACCCUUGCGGCAUACUUACGUUCGGGAUUCCAGCACCUGUAUUCUGACCGCCGGGAUGUCAACAACAUCCCAUUAAAUGAUGCUAUAUCACCCUGUAUAGUGAGAGUUAUUUACGUAAAUAUAUUUGUAACUUUUAAUAGAUUUGCAUUUUGAGAUCUAACCCUUUAGGAUACUGGUAUUUUAAAAAAUAAACAUUAGCAAUUUGUUCAUAUUCCAAUAUACCAGUAAUUGUCUGAUUCCAUUAGAUAUGCAGCAGGUUUUUAAGAUUCUCUGUAUUCACAUAUAUCUAGAUAAGAAGGCAGGCAAAACCAUAUGUUUCUUGCCUGACCAUAGUGGAGGUGGCCAAGUAGGGAUCAGUAUUCAUAAUGCUAGUGAUAUCACAGAUGUCACUAAUUCCUAUUGAAUUAAUAGGCUGGAUAUUGGUUCAGCACACAAGCAACCGUCUCCACUAUGUAACGGGGAUAUAUAUAUAUAUAUAUAUAUAUAUACACAGAAAUAAGCAAACUGCGGCACUCG